GUCGAUCUGCAACUAACUACGCGAAACAGAGAGGUUGUCAUACACAAGAACAUCACCGUAUACUCCUUUGCUGCCGCUUCAUACACAACAGUAACCAAUGGCUUCCCGGCAAGUGCUACUCGUUGCUGCCGCUGCCAUUGCCGCCACCUUCCUCCUGGCGCCAGCCUCCGCCGAGGUCUUCACUGUGGGGGACGCCGCCGGCUGGACCCUCAAAUACCCUGCCACCUGGACUCACGGCAAAACCUUCGUCGUCGGUGACAGCCUAACGUUCAUGUACCCCUCCGACAAGCACAACGUGAUGGAAGUGACAGGCGCGGACUUCAAGGCCUGCAACGUGACAGGGAACGCGCUCGGCACCUGGAACUCCGGCAGCGACACCGUACCGCUCGCCAAGGCCGGGAGGAGGUGGUUCGUCUGCGGCGUGGGCAACCACUGCGCCCAGGGCAUGAAGUUCCUCGUCGUCACCGCCGACUCCACCGCACAGUCCCCGGCUGCCCCGCCAUCCUCUUCGGCCUCGUUCAUCAGCGGAGCGGUUUCACAGGCGAUUGCAGCGGCUUGCGCCGUAGCCGCAGCCGCGUUCAUGUUCUGAGCGCCAGUUCUUCACACUUGCGGUACGAUUGUCGAUUGAUCGGCAUAUGUGUGUCCUGUGAUCGAUGCAUGACCGGCCGGUGUGCUUUGGGGCCUGGGGCCUCGGAGGAGUGUACCUUUUUAUUUUCUUCGGUUAUCACUUGCUCGUAAGUGUUUGAGGUAGCUAGACUAGGCGACUACCAAAAGCCUUCAAAUAUUGUUACCGCGAUUGAAUUCUUUCAUAUAUAGAUUAUGUUUUUUAUAUUUUGGCUUCUAUUUAUUUCUUUUGUGGGUUCCAACGUGGAAGUGUUG